UUUUUCACCAAGCGAUAAAAUCCUCUUUCCAAGUUUUCCACAAACACGAUGCAGCGAUCCUCGGCAUGCUUUCUACUCCGUUUCACCCAUCCCGAGUUGCGAGAUAAUCCAUUAGCCUCGUUAUUUACAACGUUUCGUAUUGGUAAGCGGACCAAUUUGUUUACAAAAUUAUAUAAUUUAUUUAAUAGAAACAUUGGAAACAUGCAAUUGGAAUUUGAACAUAAAGAACAUCAAAAAUGGACGUCAGUCAAAUGUCUUGAAUUAAUUAAAAAUUCGUAUCGUAUUUCGCUAUUAUUGCAUAUAUUUGUUUUCGUAAAAUUUAUUCGUAUAAUUUAUUGUCAUUGACACGUUAUACUUUACGAUACGAAGUGUUAAAAAUUCCCUUUUUCAUCGAAGCACAUCUAGACACGAAAAUAUCUACAUAAUCUAUAAACUUACUCUCGCAUCGCACGUUGUCGCGCCAAGAUUCAUCAAGAUGGCAGAAAGCGUGGAGAAAGAAGACAAAAAACGAAAAGUACAGUCAAUGUUUACUGAUCUAAAGAUUGCAUUCGACACAACAAAAAAAGAUAAAAAUGUGAAAAACGAUGAAAAAGUGAACAAAAAACGACGAAAUGGGAAAGAUAUUGACAGAGAAAAUGAAAAAAGUACAGGAAGUAGUCAAGAUGAAUCCAGAAGAUAG